AUGUCAUUAUUACAACAUCCUCAACCUUCAAAUAGGAAUACUAAUAUACAACAGCAACAUCAACAUCAACAUCAACAUCAAACUAAUGGAAGUCUACCUAAACAUUUUAUACCUGAUGUUACAAGAAUUCCCAUGGUAACUCCAAGACCAUCUAGUUCAACAUUACCUAUUCAAUCAAAACAAAUUGGUACUCCACAACCUCCACCAAUAAUAACUCAAGAUAUGAGAAAUCAAACAAAUUUACCUAAUGAAUUACCAAUAGUAAAAUGUAUAGCAAGAGCUCGUAUACCAACUACUCAAGGUCCUGAUAUUUUUUUACAUUUAUAUGAAAAUAAUAUUGAUAAUAAAGAACAUUUAGCUAUAGUAUUUGGAGAAGAUAUAAGAUCAAGAUCAUUAUUUAAACAACAACCUGGUGAAUCACAACAAGAUAGAAUGACAAGGGGUGCAUAUAUUGGUAAAUUAACACCAGGUAGAAAUAUAGCAGAUUCAUUUAUAGAUUCAAAUAAUAAAGAACAUAAUUUAAAAUUUGAUACCCAUGGAAAUUUAAUAAUUGAUGAAAAUACUUAUUCAUUACCUAGUUUAGUAAGAAUACAUUCUGAAUGUUAUACUGGAGAAACAGCAUGGAGUGCAAGAUGUGAUUGUGGAGAACAAUUUGAUCAAGCAGGUAAAAUUAUGGGAGAACAAGGUCAUGGAUGUAUGGUAUAUUUAAGACAAGAAGGUAGAGGUAUUGGAUUAGGAGAAAAAUUAAAAGCAUAUAAUUUACAAGAUUUAGGAGCUGAUACAGUUGAAGCAAAUUUAAUAUUAAGACAUCCAGCUGAUGCAAGAAAUUUUUCAUUAGCAACUGCUAUAUUAUUAGAUUUAGGUUUGAUAGAAAUUAAAUUAUUAACAAAUAAUCCUGAUAAAAUUAUAGCAGUUGAAGGUAAACAUCAAGAAAUUAAAGUUAUCGAAAGAAUUCCAAUGAUUCCUUUAAGUUGGAGUAUUGAAGGUAAAUUAAAUGGUAAUGGUAUAAAAAGUAAAGAAAUUGAUGGUUAUUUAAGUACCAAAAUUGAAAGAAUGGGUCAUUUAUUGGAGAAACCUAUUAAAAUUAAUAAUUAA